CAAUAAAUAGAAAGUGCGUGUCGAUCAAAUUGUACAAGCUGUCGCCCCGGAAUGUCAUUUUUCAGUGGUUGCAUCGCUAGUGAAGAAUGACGUAUUUUCCCCUCCUGCCUCCAAGCAGAAACAAGCUACUACCUACAUUCGCCGUGGUAUUUUCGCGACUCGGGCACAUACUGGUGUCCUCGCUUGCGACUUCCCCAUUAAGCGAUAAAGACAGCUCGUCUACUCCUAGGGGUGUCGGCAAAAGCAGCACAGCGGGAAUCGACACUAGUGUGACAUCAUUUCACAGCCCCACCAAGGGGACCUUUUCCCCUGCUUCGUUCGUAGAGCAAGCUAGUGAAGACGAGGAACAGGCCCGUCCCGGUAGACGAGUACCGACAGCAAGGCUUGCUAUGGGGGAAGGAGACCUCCUGCAGCAGCAGCAACAGGGGAAGGAACGACAGCAGCAGAUGGAGCCCCCUUCUGUUUCAUCGCCGCCAGCAACCUCCGCAGUCGCCAACAUGGUCUUGCUCGGAGUAGACGAGGACUAUGACUACGACUACUACCAGCACUACCCGAAACAGUACACUGCGAGAAAGCUCAAAAGCAGUUCGGACUCCAGUAAAACGCCGCUAAUCGACCGCAUUGACGGUGACAUCGACGGGAAAGCUGAGUGGAAUGACGAUAGUACCCCUUGGUCGGACCCCUUCGGCGAUAUCACGGGCGUCAACGAUUUAAACGACAACGACAAAGCGCCGCCGGCGGACUGCGAAACACGCGUGAAACUUCUCUACGAUGCAAAGUACCUCUACGUGGCCGCGAAGCUGAAAUACGGUAGGGACAACUACAGCAGUCAUUUCCACGCAUCUUACACAACCAAAAACGACCCGAUCUACCAGCAGGACUCGGAUUUUGAGGUGUUCGUCGACGUGUUUGGGGCGAACCAGAACUACAAGGAAUUGGAACUCAACGCGCUGAAUACCGUCUGGAAUCUAAUGCUGAACAGGCCCUACAGUGAGAACGGCGAGGAGUUCUCGGGCCGCGUCACUGAUCCGCGGGAGAAUGAAAACGAUCCGAGGUACUGGGGGGUGAAAGAUCAGAAAACCGCGGUGAAGAUAGUCAGGGGCGAGGUGAACGUAUGGGAGGAGGGAACAACGCACUGAGCCUGAGUCACUUGGGCUCUACUACUUUCGGCGGUGAAUGUGUUUCUGUUUUUCGUCAGAAAUGUAAAUGUAAUCGAAAAUGUCGAUGAUGUCAUGAACAUGAUCUACAACAUAGGAAGAUGGGGCUGUCUGUAUGCAUGCCGCUGCGCCCCAACGUCGCUUCGUAACAGUAACAGUGAAAGGCGCAACGAUUUUUUCGUCCGAUACAACCAACGGAACAAGGACGGGGCGGAAUGGCACGUUGAGCUCGCGCUGUCAUGGUCCGAUUUGUUAUCACGGACGGGCGAAGAAGAUGUGGAUGCUGCGAAGAAAGGCUCCGCUGCACCUGGAAGUACCAAUGCAACGUCUUCUGGGCGAGCAGCGCCACAGGGAGAUAUGGAGGUGCUGAAUCCGCGCGAAGGUCAUCAAUCACUACCGCUGCCGAACCACAUCCGCAUCAACUUCUCUCGCGUUGAAGACAAGGGAGACAAAAAUUGGGUUUGGAGCCCGCAGAUUGCGUGGAAUAUGCAUUGCUAAUGAGGGUGAAGUAGAUGUCGCUGUCCGUCGAAGGUUCACCUGGGGAAAAUAAAAAUUUUGUUUCAAAGUCAAAGUCUUCUGUCUCUGUGUUUUUUCACCAACAGCAGCUGAAGUAGCAGCUGAAGCGUCAGCCUGGCUCUGGUCGCGGCUCAGCCUGUGCAUUUGUAUUUUCCCUGAUUCAACUACCGCCGUCAACGCGACGGUCUGCAUUCUUCACACUCGUGAAUACAGAACGCAAAGGAGCAGAAGUUUGAGGGCAUGAUCAACAUGCACCUCCCCGACGCUUGGGGAUACCUCUGGCUGGAAAAUGACGCAGUCGAGGGAGAUGACGGUGUUGACGUUGAGAAGCACGAACAUAGUACAACUCUCGCGAAGGCUCAGGAUGAAGAAAACACUUCAUCAAAAGUAACAGCAACGCCCCUAAUAACGCACAAUCACCCGCGCUUGCUGAGCAUUCCUAAACACGACCCGUUUUUUCCCGCCCGCUUGAUCGCCAUGCACUUGUUUUACGCCCAGAAAGCGUAUUGGGAGCAAAACCAGGGAUACGCCCCGGAUCUGAAAACGCUGAUAGAAAGCCACUUGACGCACCCGGAUCCGAGGUUUCUGGGCCAGGGCGGGGAGCUGUCCGCCUCUACUUUUUCGGAGAAAAAUGAUGAAAAUAAAGCGAAGUUUGACAUUCAGAUCCGGUUGCUGGGUCGCGAGGACAAGUCAGGGGAAGAUGACAAGCACAAGUCGGUAAAUAACGACGUGGACAAUUAUGUGAACAACGACGAGAAGGAGAAGAACCCGCAAGGCAAAUUCCUGAUCACGGUGGUCGACAGAACGAAAACCUCACGGUCGGUUGCCGCAGCUAUUGUGGCUGAGGGGACGAGUAGGAACUUGCUCGAAGAAGGAGAUGAGCAGCGGGGUGAAUAUCAGGAAGGAAAACUAUACAACAGCAGAUUCCUCACCGUGACUGUAAACGAGGAACGCCUGGUGAGGACUGGUACAAGAUUCCUGUCGUCUUCAAAUUACUGACACUGCGGUAGUUGUGCCGAAGUCAUCCCGAAAAAAUGAAGUACCCACGAAGUAUUCUAGCGAAUGUUCCUUUUGUGAUUCUCGAUUUCAUGAUGCGCAGUACAAACAAAAUCCAUCGCUAUAGAUGAAGAGAAUCUUCAUCGAGUCUCUAUGUAUGGAUUUCACGAGGAUGACCUCCUCUCUGGCAUUAGGUUUCUGCAUUCAGGUCGGCUGUUGUUUGGGUUAUUUGAUGCCAGUUUGUGGGAGAAAAUUUUGAAUUUAAAGCCGACUAGUUUACAUUUUUACAACUUCGAAAUAUAUAAGAAUGGAAACCGACGUCGCGAGCCUUGCGGUCAUGGUCAUGCCAAUACCCUCGAAGUUGGAGAACAAAUUUCUCUCAUUGCAAU